AUGCGCUGUGGAUGGGGACGUUGCAGCGUCGUGAGAGCGGCGCUCCACGGAUCGAUCGCAUCGCCUCGAUCGAUCAGAAGCAGCAGCAGCAGCAGCAGCAGUGAUCGGCGUCUCCGAUUUUUCUUCGAUGCUGAGAAUGAGGUGCCAAUCUUCUACGCGAACAGGAUCGGUAGCUUCUGGUUCGAGCAAGAUUUCCACGCGCUCUUCCGGAGAGCAUACAGAGGGACUAGCGGCGAUGGAGCAAUGGAUUACGCGAAGCUCGAUCCGGCCGCCUGCAUUGCGGCGAUGGAGACGAUCGGGCACACCCCGGCCAACAGGGAGAUUGGGGUGUGCACGAUUCCAAAGCUCUUCCACGAGAAGGGAUGCUAUCGAAUUCGCCAGUGGACAGGGGAGCUGAUGGGGCGAGAGUUUUUCUACCACGACGUCCUGCUGAGGCCGCUGGAGCUCCAGAGAUUGCUACUCGAGGAAGAGCUCGCCAAGAACGGUGUUGUUCGUAGAGCAAGAUUCGCCAAGACAAAAGCGUGGAUCGAGUCGGCCGCUGUGAAGCACGGGUUGGAAGUAGAGCUGAUGAAGCAACAGGGAUCCAACCUCGUCAUCUUUCUGUCCCGGCAGGGAUUGGAAAGGCGCAGCGCGAUCGUCAAAGAGCUGGAAAAGGCUGGAGUUUGCGUCGAGGAUGGGAUCAAGCUCCAACUUUGGAGGCCCGAGGAGGAUGCGCUCUACGCAGACACUCCACUUCCCUCGGAAAAAAUGGCGGCCGAGAAGAUGAGACGCAUGAACGAGCGACUUGCGAUGACGCAUUGUCAACUUUGUCCAAGAACAGAGGGAGAACCUGUGGAAUGGUACGAGGAAUCGCCAUCAAGGCCAUUGUACGGGAGAGAUUACGGAUUCACCACGGACAAGCUGGUGAUAGACAUCGAUACAAAUCGAUGGAGGAGGAACGAGAACGCCAUACCCUGGGAGGAGAGACUGCUAGCCACGCCUGGAGGGAAAUUCAGAGAGGUACUCACCAUUGUCGACAUUGAUGGCACGCCAGCAGAUUUAAUGCUGCCGAAAAAGAGAGUUCGGGGUUGGGGUGCUGCCAAGUUUGACAGUGGCAGCGCCAGGAGAAAGUCGCCGUCCCGGAAAAUCAAAUUUUUUACAGACUUUCUCAAGAAGAUCUACCUCAGGAGUAAACUGUUCGUUGCAACGUCAAGCUGUUCAUUCCUGUCGAUGACGAUCUACUGCAAGCUGUUCGUUGCUACUUCAGGCUGUUGAAGAUGUUGCUCGAAUUUCUGUCGAUGACGUCUCUCCUGGUUCGUGUCCUCGAUUCGAGAGUAUCGUCCCGGCUCCCAAGAGCAAAGCCUGUCCACGAUCGAGAAACUUAACUUCACCAGCGUUCCUCCUCAGUCCUCACAAGCACGACUAGGCAAAUCGAGAAAGCCUGUGGAAACCAGACUUUCAGUCACUCUCGGCUUCUUCCAGAAGAUCUCGUCCCAGAUCACGGCAAGGUGAUCUCGAGGACUGUGGAUCUUGCACUCUCGCUGCUAGCGCCGAUUCGGCAGAGAAUUGCCAUGCUUGUCCUUCCGUGCUGGUAAAGUCGGCAUUGCUACAAGUCAGGCACAAAGUUCCAUGGAGUUUUCUAGCGCUGGAAGUUUUCUAGUCCCGUUUCUAAGUCCGUUCUAAGCGUUCAUUGUUACUCCAAUUGAAAAUCGCCCUUUUUAGGGCAACCAUA